AAGACUGCCGUGGCGAAAUCCCUGAUCGAGAACAUGAGGCUCCUUCCCCUCUUCACAGCUGCGUCCUGCUUCACGCCCCCAGGUCCCUCUUUCUUUGUACUACAAGUGAUGAAGUUUUUUUUCCAGAUCACAUGAGCCAGGAUGAAGGGGGAAAAUCCUGCCAGGAGCAGAGAUGGGCUGCAACUUGAACCUGAUCAAGGGGAGAUACAGAGCGUACCCUGAGAGCUAUAUAAGAAUGUGCUCGGCACAAGAGCAAACACUUUUUCAGGCGAAGGACUCUCAUGAAUCAGCCAUGCAUAUGAGUGAAGACACCGUUUCAAGGAGGCUUGGAGCCACUAACAAAAAGUGUUUGUAUUUCAUCAUCGCUGCCCUUGUCACAUUACUCGUCUUUGCAAUAGCCACCAUCAUGGUCUUAGUUGUUCAGAGGACGGCAGCUGGUCCUGCCACAGAGAGCGUCGCAAAACCUAUCAUCAGGACAGGGAACACCUCCGAAGAUCAUUUAAGAAUCCUACAGAAUGUGCCGAUCAAGAGAGCCGCUGCGUACAUGAGAGUGUCCAAUCCAAGAGAAAGUUCAAAACUGACCUUGGUGGAGAAGGGUAUUUGUGAAGACAUCCAGUGCAAGAGUGAUGAGCUGGUGAUAAGGACACGAGGGCUCUACUUGAUCUAUUGCCACUUGAACUUCCAUUUUCCCAACUGUUCAAACAGCCCCACCGACCUCAGGAUAGAUUUCCUGGUGAACGACAAAGUCAAGAGGCAAACGUUAUCCACAUGGUGCGCGUCAGAAACGUGCCAAGAAAAGACGUUUAAGACCUUGUUCCAGCUCCAUUUGACACACCUGGACGUGGAGGACCGAGUAUCAGUAAUACUUAGCCAUCCUGAAUUCUUGAAUGAAAUUUCUCUUCCCAAUGAAAACAUCCUUGGGGUUUUGAGGUAUAGCGAUGAAAUGUGAGCAGCUCUCUGACCUCCUGCUGCUGCCCAGACUUAUCUUUCUCUGAACAAUAGUAGCCUGCUUUUACUAGGCCACACCUUGUUUAUAAAUUUCCUAUCUUACCUCACUGCUAGGGUAAACAAGGAACUUAGUGAGUGUCCCAGAACGAAACCUAAAACACUGCGAGACCCACACCUGAUAGAUUCCUCUGGUUUGGCUCAGGGUAGGACUGUUGUCGGACUAUCCAGCAUAUAACCCACAGAUCUGCCACGGGUUCCUCCAAACAACGCUGUAUAAACACAGCUUAAAAUGUAACCAGAUUAUGGGAAGAAUACGCAAUAUUGAGACUUUUUGGCUAAUGGACCACUGGCAAGGUGCCUGUCCUCAGGAGAUGGGGAAAUCUUUUAAACUGAAUUUUACGGAGUAGUAUUUUGACGUGGUCUUUCCAAAAAAAGUAUCAGUCAAAGCUUGCAAUCAAGGCUUUCUUUACGACUGUAGCAUGCAACCACUGUCCUGGAGUAGGUUUCUGGACAAAUUAUACGAAAGCAAAGAUGAUGAAAUUAUUAGCUCUCAGGCUGGUAGGUCAAACUCUGGAACAGGACGUAGGAGCUAUGGGACUUACAGGGUAUUUCUGUGCUGCAUUCUGCUGCGGAAUUUAUGCAAUCUACUUCCAAGCGUCUUCCUUUUCACUACUUAUCCAUCUUUUCUAUUUAAAUAUUAAGCUCUUUGGGGCAGAGGCUUUGUACAUGCACAGUGCUCAGCCUCUGUUCUCACUUGGGGUUUCCAGACCUUUUCAUAAGAAAUAUUAAAUAGUAAUCUAGUUGUGUCAUGUAACAAAGUUCCUUAUGAUGCAUUUUCCUCGAAUCCUGUCCUGCCUGUUUGACAGUGCCCUGUGUGACACCAGACCACACUGGUGUGUAAAUACACCUCUAGUGCCUACACUUUCUGAAAAUCCAGGAUUCACACGUGAGGUCCAGACUUUCCCAAAGACAAUUUCAGACCUGGUCCUCAGCUGAGAGCUGCGGUGUUUGGGCAGUCCAGAGGACAGGUGUGAUCUGGGCUUCUUUGGCCGGCUGGAAAGCUUAGAUAAUGAAGGAUGAAAGAGUAAUCUCAGGUGCUGUGAUUCUAUGAAUUACAGUAACACAGGCAUUUACUUGAAAUGUAAUUCUUACAGUGUGGGGUGGGAAGGGGCCAAAAAGUUACAAAAGCUGGUACCAGUUCACUCUUACCUCUUUUUCCUUCAUCCCCGAUAUCCUACUAAGGUCUAUUUUCAUUGGUAUCUGACUUUUUCCCCUGGCAUACCUGUACCUUCUUUCUUUUACAUGACUAGAGCUUGGUAAACUGUUCACAUCAAAACAUUUAGACUCAGAUUCAGUUUCUGGCUUCAGAAACUCAGUAAGUGUUUCAUUUUUCAAGCUCAGUUGUCAAGUUUCUGUGAGUACACUCAAAAUACCCCUAAUAAUAGUAAUUUGUUACUUGUGUUAUGUCACCAGAACCUCAUGGUACGUAUCGGUGAGGUUUUGUCCUAUUGACCUGGUGACUGCAAAAUACACAAGAAACUUUCAAAGACUCCUGAGCAAUUGCUGUGAUUCAUUGCUAAAGAUAUCUACUUUCUGCUUGAUGAAAACAAAAAAUCCUUUGUUUAAUUAACCAUUGAUACCUUUUGCUAUUAAUGGUUAGGGGAAACAAAAAAAGGAAAACUAAACCCAUGUUUUCUUUCUUUCUUUUUCCCUUAAAGAAAAGAAAUUUAUUUUUAAAAGAUUCAGUUUACCCUGCCUAUGACAUUGCCUCUACUGGCAUCUCCUCACCCCUCUGGGCACUCUAAAUCUCCCUCUAAAGAGGGUUUCUAACCGCUUUCUGCCUCCCUUCCAUACACACAACUAAUGCCUGAGAAGUUUAGCAAGCCUGGCAGUCAGGAAUCAUAGCUCCUGAAUAUAGAAAAGGCAGCUAAUGAAUGAAAAGACGCAUUUACUCACACAUACCACCCCCACCACCUUUUCCUGAAGGCUUUGAAUUGAAAGAGAAAGACCAUUCUUUUAAAAAAUAAAGCAGCUUUCUGCAUAGGAUCAUUUUAUUCUAUUAUUUUAGCAGAUGGAGAAAAUUCUGACAAAGCAGAGCUAAGCUUCUCAGCCCCAGGCUUUUUAAUACCGCAGAAUAAAGCAAUCUGGCCCCUACUCUGUUGCCUCUGAGAAAUAAGAAUAAAUUAUAGCCAUAAAGAGAGCCCAUUAAUAGUGUGCAAUUUUGCCAUCAGUUAUAAAAAUGUUAAAUAGCUUUCACUGAGACAAGGCCCUGGGCCAAGCAGCAGCCUCCCUUCUUUCUGGCAGACUCCAAGUCAAUUUGCUCUUUCAUUCUUUUUUCCUUCUUUUAUUUCCUAGUCUUUUUGAAGCAGGUCAUUUUUGACAACAAACCUGUACUGAAAAAAAAAGAAAAUAAGUCCAGGCUGAUCCUUCACACAAUGCUGUGUUUUUUCAGCAAUAUCAACAGCAAUGCACUUUCAGGAAAGACCUGUUCCCAUGGUCUCAGCUUCGUCACUGCUGGCAGCAGAUGAGUUUUUCUGGAGUAGGAUCCUCAGCUCUUCUGAGGAGCAUCUCAGACUAGGUCCCCACCAUGGGGAUCUGGCCACGAGAAAGGGGGAGCCACUGCUGAAAGCACUGAAAUCAUGGAGAAAUUGUGAAAAUUCCUCCCCUUGGCCUCAGAUGUGGCAAAUGUGUGGCUUUCUGUGCGUAUGCUCGAUUGCUAACUUGACCAGAAACAGGAAGCAUAGGCAAUCUCACAAGCAGGUCUGCUCUGUUGAGGUUUCAUGGCCCUUCUCAGACACUGAAAAAGUUGCACUUUUAAACCAUUUUCUGCUUGGCUAAAGAGCGUCAAUGGGAGUUAAUACAUGCCGUUACUCGUAAUUGUGUUUGACAGGAAAAAAUGCUUAUUAUUGGCUUAAUUCCGGCCGUUGUUAAUUGCUAUAGAAAAAUUUUAAUAGGAACUUUAAUAGAAGUCAAGUCAAUGCUAUACACUUCCAUCUGAGCUCACCCGGGGGCAGCAAACCAAAAUCAGAUCACGGUUAGUAUUAGAGAUUACAGAGCUGGAUCUCAACUUCACCAAAGCUGUGAAGACUUCAAAACCAGGGUUGCAAUUAGACUUCUCAAGGCUUGAUGACGCGUCCCAUGAAAUUGGCCUGAAUCCAAACUCCUCAAAGCUCAGAUCUGACAAAUAGGUCAUGGCUUAUCUGACACAGAUUCGUUAUUUAGGCUAUGCAAGUGCUUACUGAGGGACUUGGGAGUUUUGCAUUCAUUUCACUUCUGGUUUUGUUUCAUUUUAUAUUCCUCAGCGCUUCCCACAGGGAGGAAAAAUCAUAGGCACUUAGAGUGAGAUCCUUUACUGUGCCAUGAGCCAAACCAGGGGCUGUGUCCUGCCUAAAAAUGCACAGCAGAUCUAUUUUAAAGAUCCCACCUGCAUCAACAGAACAUUGACCUUCUUCUGCAAGAUGACUUCCUGACUCUGUGCUCAGAUUCCUUUGGAGAGCAAACAGCAUUCUGCAAUAUCCUUGGCCACUUGCUCAUGGUCUUAACUUAAUAUUAUUAUUCAUAAUGUUAUUACCUAUGAAAAUUACGAGCAGCUCUAUUUUUUUUCAAGCGCUCUAUCCUGGAGUUAAAGUAUGAAAGGGACUAGUCAACACAAAUAACCAACCAAAAAGUAAAAUAACUUAGAAACCUUGGCUUUUUGGGACCCCUAACUGGGCCUUACUGACAGGUCUUUAGAAACUGCAAGUGAUACAACUUGUGUUUGGUGCAAAUAGCAAGGAAAAAAAAACCUCAAAGCAAAGGCAGUUUCUGUAGGAGGAAUAACUGUAAAAAUGCAAAUUCUGACAAGGAACACUUGCGACAGCAGGAGUUGCACUCAGUGACCUCAAAACAUCUUUCAGCCUUGACCUUUUACGGUUAUAAUAGGCUUAAUUUCAAGAAAGUAUGAUGGACACAAAGGCUUGGAAAAAUGUCCUCCUCCCCUCCUGGGGUAGCUCCACUGCAGUGGUUUGGAUUCCCCAUUUCUCUUUUCAGUACUGAUCCCAGGAGCUCAAAGAUUUGGGGUGGAGGAGGGUAGAGCCCAAAGAAAGGCAGUGUGGCACAUUCUGAAAUUGAGGUUAUUCCAAGGAGAGUGAAGGUGGUGAACCCCCAGAGCCUGACCUUUUCAUCAGGGCCAGAGCAUCACCCCCUCCAUGCUCAGCACCUCCUCUGGGCUGCAGGCACCAUCCAUCCUGCUCUGUUGCAAGAUGAGGACGUACACCAUGGGUAAAGUCAUCGGCUUUUCCUGAGGUGCCAUACCCUGCAGUAUUGGCACACCAUUUCCUUUCAGCCAUGUCCACAGCAGCUAAAUUUAGGAUUCUUAUUUUGCUCUAGAGCCAGUGUGAAGCAAGAACUCCCAGGAGGCGAGUCAUGGUACCCAAAAUAGCUGCUAGAUCAGACAUCGUCAACUGCCGAGUGAGUCUUUAUUCAGUGCGGUCACCAAGUCCUCAGUCUCAACAGCUUCAUCCCAUUCAAGAUAAAUAAAAGAUCAUUUAAGCUGUGGAUUUAUAGUUUAGGGACACUUUCCACAGCUUCCCACAGAAUGCUGCCGGUGCUCCGAGGUUGCGUGAGGCUAAUGGGAGACCCAUGGCUCUCCAGCAGAAUGUAUUUGUAAGGUAAAACACAAUUACCAACUAAGUUGUUAGAUUUAUGGAUGCAAAAGAGUAAGAUUUUUCUGCUUAGGUCAUUUUCAUUCCCAUCAACACCUAUUGCUUGGACUUGUCCAGAGCUGGUGGAGAGAGAGAGAGAGCAAAAUAUUGAAAUUAGGCAUCAGUUCAAUACUUAGGUUUUGAAGCAACAUUUUCCUCAUCUAAAACUGUUUAGUAAAUAUUUGACUUUUUUUUUCAUCCCUCUAGGUUUUGAAGCAACAUUUUCCUCAUCUAAAACUGUUUAGUAAAUAUUUGACUUUUUUUUUUCAUCCCUCCAGUUUACAUAUUUUUAAUUCCUGUGUGUUUCUGCUACUUUGCAUCUUCCUCUCUUUGCUUCUAUUUUUCUGUCUCUAUUUCUGCAUAAAAAUGGAUGGGAAAAAGCAAAUAAAAUAUAAAAUAAAGGGAGGGUGAAGGAGGGAGCCAAAGAAGUGUGAAAAAUUGGGGGGAAAAAACCCUGUUUGAACAGUUAAAUGAGCUCUACAGAAGCUCUGACUCCAAGGAUGCGAGUUAAUAUU